GGGCGGAGGGCGGGAGCACGCCUCCUGACAUGUCCAGGGCAUCCCGAACCGGGCCCGGCCGCGGCUAGGAGCAGCGGGUCUCGGCGCGCCCCUCGGUCCCGCAGUCCCGCCGGACCCCCGCCUGACGGGGCCUGCGUUCCGCUCUUCGGCCCCCCGAGGGAAGGAGCUGGGGGGAGCGGCGGGAGGGUCGUGGAGAAGGGAGCAUCCGCCCGAGGCUGGAGGAGGCUGGCCCCGCGUCCCCGCCCAGCCCGCGCCUAUGCGGUACUUGAAGGAUGGCGAAGAGGUCGCGCAGUGAGGACGAGGAUGAUGACCUUCAAUACGCUGAUCAUGAUUAUGAAGUACCUCAGCAAAAAGGACUGAAAAAACUCUGGAACAGAGUAAAGUGGACAAGAGAUGAGGAUGACAAGUUAAAGAAGUUGGUUGAACAACAUGGAACUGAUGAUUGGACUCUAAUUGCUAGUCAUCUUCAAAAUCGUUCCGAUUUUCAGUGCCAACAUCGAUGGCAGAAGGUUUUAAAUCCAGAAUUGAUAAAGGGUCCUUGGACUAAGGAAGAAGAUCAGAGGGUUAUUGAAUUAGUUCAGAAAUAUGGACCAAAAAGGUGGUCUUUAAUUGCAAAACAUUUAAAAGGAAGAAUAGGUAAGCAGUGCAGAGAAAGAUGGCACAAUCACCUGAACCCCGAAGUAAAGAAAUCUUCUUGGACGGAAGAAGAAGACAGGAUCAUAUACGAAGCACACAAGCGGCUGGGAAACCGUUGGGCAGAGAUUGCAAAAUUACUUCCUGGAAGGACUGAUAAUUCUAUCAAAAAUCAUUGGAAUUCUACGAUGCGAAGAAAAGUGGAGCAGGAGGGCUACUUACAAGAUGGAAUAAAAUCAGAGCGAACUUCAUCAAAACUUCAACACAAACCUUGUGCGACUAUGGACCAUUUGCAAACCCAGAAUCAGUUUUACAUACCUGUUCAGAUCCCAGGUUAUCAAUAUGUAUCACCUGAUGGCAAUUGUGUUGAACAUGUUCAGACAUCUGCCUUUAUUCAGCAGCCCUUUGUUGAUGAAGAUCCUGAUAAGGAAAAAAAAAUAAAGGAACUUGAGUUGCUUCUUAUGUCAGCUGAGAAUGAAGUUAGAAGAAAAAGGCUUCCAUCUCAACCUGGAAGCUUUUCUAGCUGGUCUGGUAGUUUCCUCAUGGAUGAUAGUAUGUCUAACACAUUGAAUAAUCUUGAGGAACACACUACUGAGUUUUAUAGCAUGGAUGAAAAUCAGACUGUUUCUGCUCAGCAGAAUUCACCCACGAAAUUUCUAGCUGUAGAAGCAAAUGCUGUACUGUCUUCUCUACAGACCAUCCCAGAAUUUGCAGAAACUCUAGAACUUAUAGAAUCUGAUCCUGUAGCAUGGAGUGAUGUUACCAGUUUUGAUCUUUCUGAUGCUGCUGCCUCUCCUGUCAAGUCUACUCCAGUUAAACUAAUGCGAAUUCAACAUAAUGAAGGAGGCAUGGAAUGUCAAUUUAAUGUCAGUCUUGUACUUGAAGGGAAAAAGAACAGUUGUAAUGGUGGAGACAAUGAAACUAUUCCUUUGACAUCCCCAAAUGUGGUCAAGUUUAGCACUCCACCAACCAUCCUCAGAAAGAAGAAAAGAAUACGAGUGGGCCAGGCUCUAGGCAAUGAGCUUGGUGAUGGUUCAUUCAGUGAAGGCAGUAACACAGCACUAAAACACACACCAGUGAAAACACUACCAUUUUCUCCCUCACAGUUUUUUAACACAUGUCCUGGAAAUGAACAACUUAAUAUAGAAAACCCUUCGUUUACAUCAACCCCAAUUUGUGGGCAAAAAGUUCUCAUUACAACUCCUCUUCAGAAGGAAGCAACUCCCAAAGAUCAAAAAGAAAAUGUAGGGUUUAGAACACCUACUAUUAGAAGAUCUAUAUUGGGUACCACACCAAGAACUCCUACUCCCUUUAAGAAUGCACUUGCUGCUCAGGAAAAGAAAUAUGGACCUCUUAAAAUUGUGUCCCAGCCACUUGCCUUCUUGGAAGAAGACAUUCGAGAAGUUUUAAAAGAAGAAACUGGAACCGACAUAUUCCUCAAAGAGGAAGAUGAACCUGCUUAUAGAAGCUGCAAACAAGAGCAUUCUGCAUCUGUGAAGAAAGUCAGAAAAUCACUAGCCUUAGAGAGCUGGGACAAAGAAGAAACAGGUACACAGCUACUAACUGAAGACAUUUCAGACAUGCAGUCAGAAAAUAUACUUACAACAUCUUUAUUAAUGAUACCAUUAUUGGAAAUACAUGACAAUAGGUGCAACUUGACUCCUGAAAAACAAGAUAUAAAUUCAGCCAACAAAACAUUUACACUUACUAAAAAGAAACCAAACCCUAACCCUUGUAAAGCUGUCAAAUUGGAAAAGAGUCUUCAGUCAAAUUGUGAAUGGGAAACAGUGGUAUAUGGGAAGACAGAAGACCAACUUAUCAUGACUGAACAAGCGAGAAGAUACCUGAGUACUUACACAGCUGCCAGCAGCACUUCAAGAGCGCUGAUACUCUAACUGUUACUAAGCUGAGAAAUGUCCUACUCUCUUACUGUGUCUUAUGCUAAAUUAGGUUGCCAUGAAAUUUGUCUCAAUUCUUUUAAAGGUUUUAAUACAUUCCUAAAAUGGUUCGCAUUUUUUUCUAUAUUGGACAAAAAACUAAUAAGCUGCUUAAAGUAAGGGGUAGAAAAAUUCAUUAUUUAUAUUUUUAAGAAAUGAGAGUUUUAAAAUUUGUUUUAAAAGAGCAAAAUGGAGAAAUAAGGAUGUUCAUGGGUAUUCCAAAGUAAAUUCUCACACAAUUUUAUUACAGGAUAUAUGUCGCUACUUUCUCAAGGCUGUAGUCUGUUAUGAACACGUAUGUGUGACCUCUGAAAGUCUGUUUAGGAAGCACAGGCCCUUUAUGAAGCACUUGUGUGCGCUGAUUUACUUAGACUACCAUUUGUAAAGAGACACAUGGGGAGGGGUCUCAAGGAAGCCAGAAAGUUGCACUACUAAUUUUGGUAUUUUUAGAAACAAUGAAAUUAACUACAGUGUUAAGCAUAUUUAUUUGUGCAUUGAACUAAAAAAGCAUUGAAAUGGGCUUUUUCUUACUAGUAAAGAGUCAGUAUUUCUUCAUAAGUCUCAGAAGAGCUGAGAAUUUUGUUGAAUGUAUUGUACAGUAUGUAGGAGCAGGAAAACUUUGUAAAUUGGAAAGAUGUCUGUUUUUAUAAUUUAUUUUCAUUUUUAAAGCUUAAAUGUAGAUAUUUGUGUGUGUGUGUGUAUAUAUAUAUACACACACACUUAUGUAUAUACAUACACACAUACAUACAGGGUGUUUAGAAGCCAGUGUUAUUUCCUGUCAUUACAGCUAACAUAGUAAAGAGUAACUUUGACUUUCAAGUAUGAAAUAGUUAAUAUUAUAGCUGCAAAGAAUACAAUAUACUGUAUGUCACAUCUACCUAAAUAUUGCACUAUAUCCUUUAAAUCAUGUUGGUUAUAAAGUAGUUCUAAAAUGUACUAAAUAAUAAUUUAAUAUUUUCUUUUUAAAUUAUAUUGGAGAGUCAUAUAAAUUAAUCUGGUGAUUUGUAUAUGUGUUUGGAAUUUUCAUUUUGUUUAAAACAAUAUGGUACCUUGCUCCCUAAAACAGUCUGCACUUAGAAGUUUAUUGUAUUUACUCAAUGUUUCAGAAGUAGAAAAUAUUAUCUUUAUUUAUACAAAUAUUUUGUCCUUUUAUAAGUGUUUUGUGUUUCCAGGUUACAACAGUUGCUUCAGUUGCCUGUCCAGGUGUUUGCACUUAUUUUAUUUCUUUGAAAGAGUGUCUUUGCUUAUGUGGUAGAGAUUUUAUGUAGUUUUUUUGAGACAUAUAAUGGUGUGCUGUCAACCUAAACACUGACAGGCAAAUAGAAUUGUACACUGUAGUUUGAAUUAUUUAUAAUUGACACACUCUCUCCCUCUCCACUCCUGAAGUAUGCUGCUAUAGAAAGUAGCAGAAUAGGCUUGCUGCUAUGAGAGACGGAAAGAGCGACCACCACUUGCACUGUGUGGAAAGAUAAGCAAAUGAUGGCAAGUUCUCAAGUUAACUAAUGGAUUCAACUAUUCCCAAGCAGGUUCUUACAAAGACCAAAACACCACUAUGCCUCAGAAGCAAACCAAACCAAACAGUUUAAGAUUUUAAAAAAUCUAUCUAUCUGUUAAUAGAAAUGGGACUACUGAAUAUUUUAUUGUCUAGUUCUUCAACAGUAGACCUAAAGGGUUUUAAGCUUUAAAUCCAAUUGCUAGUUUUUGCAUACUAUAUGUUAGUGAGAAGUAAAGAAUAUGUAUGGUGGUUCUAAGAUUAUGCCUUCUUGAUAGCAAAUAGGUAAAACAAUUUGAAUCUUAGCAUGUUAAAUAUGUUAAAUACGUUGAUUUUUUUUAAUUAAUGAACUUCUCACAGAAAUUUUGCUUUGUAAAACUAAUGAUUGUGGAAAAAAAUCAUACUAUAUUGUUUCAGCUACUUUGGGGUAAUAAUAGCACACAAUUCCUUUUUUAAAAAUGUGGCCUUUAGCUGCAUUGGAUACAAUAGUCUCCGGUUGCCAAAGUAAAAUAUCUCAAACAUGCUACAUAUUUUAAAACAUAAUUUUUCUUGAGCAUUAAGUUAACACAAAUGUUAAUAUAUUGUAUAUAAACCUGGACUUAUGGGACAUAGUACAUAUUUGGGUUGGUGUUGGUUGAAUCCUCCAGUUAACUGCUUUGUUGCUUUUUGCAAGAUUUGUAAUCAUAAACAUGUCAGGCAUCUUAAGUCAUCUUUUUUUACUGUUCAUUUGGAUUCUUCGGUUUUCUGAAGAUGCCAGACAUACAGGUAACAGCAAUACAUGCAUGGAAACUGACUACACACAUACCAGUACUGCAUUUUGUUGUAAGGUUUUCACAUUAAUACAGCAAUUAUACUGACUAAAUUGAGUUUUUUAAUAUAUGAGAAAACUUUGCAUUGUAAGAGAAUCUUGCAGACAAUGUUGAAAUCUAUUAACAUCCAAAUAAAGCAUCUGUGUACAAGCUG